AUGCGUGCUUUGGGGAGGACUCCUGCUUUGGUGUUGCUGUUCUUUACUGAUAUUUUUAUGUAUGUUAACACUACAGUGUCUGUACAGAUUGGUACAAAGGCUCUACUCUGCUGCCCUUCUAUUCCACUGACAAAAGCAGUAUCAAUAAAGUGGAUAAUAAACCUCAGAGGAUGGACUUCCUGCAUAAAUGGUUACAAAGUAGAAACAAGGGGGACCUAUGAAACCGACUGUAUGGGCAGGAACAUCACUUGGGCCUCUACACCAGAUGACAGUAAUGACCUUCAGAUCAGUUCAGUGGCUCUUCAGCAUGAGGGGCAUUACUCAUGUGAGAUAGUAACACAUGUAGGGAAUUUCCUAAAAGUCUAUGACUUCCAAGUGCUGGUCCCCCCUGAAGUAACCUACUUUCCAGGGAAAAAUAGAACUGCAGUUUGUGAGGCAAUUGCAGGCAAGCUUGCUGCUCAGAUCUCUUGGACUCCAGAUGGGGAUUGUGUCACUAAGAAUGAAUCACACAGCAAUGGCACUGUGACUGUCAGGAGCACAUGCCACUGGGAGCAGAACAAUGUGUCUGCUGUGUCCUGCUGGGUCUCUCAUUUGACUGGUAACCAGACUCUGUUCAUGGAACUGAAUCAGGGUACCACCAGCACCCCACCUUCCUUGCUGACCAUUCUCUAUGUGAAAAUGGCCCUUUUGGGGAUUAUUCUUUUCAUGGUAGGAUUUGCUUUCUUCCAGAAGAGAAAUUAUACCAGGUAG